AUGCUAUCACUCUCCACCUGCUGUCUGUCGGUCUCCCUGGGACCCGUCAUCACCUUCAUGACAUCAACAGAUUCGAACGUGAUCCUGAAGGGCGCGGUUGCAUCAUCCGUGAUCUUCUUCAGCGCCUCGACCACCGCAGCGCUGCAUUGGUUUGUCAGCCCUUACAUUCACAGGCUGAGGUGGCAGCCUGGUUCGGACAGUUUUGAGGUGGACAUGAUGUCUUGGUUGGCUACAUAUGCCAAAGAGACGAUCAGGUUUGCAGACAUUCGUGUGGCAGAGACCAACCGUCCCUUUGUGACUUUUCAGGCCAAUGGGAAGUUUUACUUUGUGGACAAAGAGCACUGCCACAACAAGGCGUUGCUUGCCAGACUUGCCCCGCAGAAACGGGAAUCAGCAUUCAAGAACUUGUAA